CAAUAGCGAGGAACCAAUAAAAAACGACGCGCAAAUACAGGAGUUUUAUAAAUCAAGUGCAUAACAUAAAAACGAUUUCGUCUAAAUUGAUUGUUUCAUUUCUCGAAACUAUAUGGUUUUGCAAGAGUGCAGAAUAGCGCGUAAAAUUGAUUGUUUUGAUGUCGCACGGAGGCAUGACCACGGCGUGACUUCCAUGCCCUGCGUUCCUACGGAAGGGCGUGCGGAUUACGUUUACUAUGAAUGAUUUUAUCUCUUUCUAAACUCGUGUAUCUGUGAAUGACCGAGUGUAAUAGCGAGCGUACCAAAUUAUGGAUUGAAAAGCGUUUGUUGUUGUAUUUUGAUAUUUGCACCGCAUUGCUGCGAAGUUAUUGCCGUUAUCUCGUUCGUGGAUCAUAGUGGUUUGAUUUAAACAGUCAUAUGGCGCCUGCAAGACUUGCCCGAACGCGAAUUAGUUACGCCGUUCGAUUUGUCGAGCGCUUUACUAUUUACGCACUAUUGAAAAGAGAUAGUACGUAUUUUUAGUCGCGUCGACGGUGAGACGAGUGACUUUCAUCACAGUGCGUAAACAACUUCAAGGUUAUCCGUCGUGUUUGUGCCAGUGCUGAUGCGGAGGCGCUGACAUGGCUGCGAUGGCAGAAGGUGGCGCGGUAGUGCGUCAAGGCCACCUUCGGAAGUUGAAAACGAUGAAGAAGAAGUACUUCGUACUUCGGGCGGAGACAUCAGAAAGUUCAGCCAGGCUGGAGUACUAUGAGUCUGAGAAGAAAUUUCGUUCUGGGGCAGCACCACGUAGAGUGCUGCCUCUAAAAAGUUGUUAUAAUAUAACCAGGAGGCUGGACCUGAAACAGAAGCAUGUGAUAGCAUUAUUCACUAAAGAAGAGCAAUUGUGUAUAGUGGCUGAGAAUGAAGUUGAUCUUCAUGCUUGGCUUACAGCUAUCCUGAAGCAGUUUAGGUCUGAUGAUGCCAGUGAGGAGCUACUCCACCCCAUACAGCACGUGUGGCAAGUGAACGUACAGAAGAAAGGCUUGGGUGCGUCCAAGAACAUCCAGGGUCUAUACAACCUCUGCCUCACCGACAAGACGCUCACCCUUGUCAAGAUCAAGAGUCAGAACAACGUGAUCAGUAAUCUUGACAUACAGGAGCGAGUCGAAUAUUCUUUGAAGAAUAUUAGAAGGUGCGGAGAUUCCGAGUGUUUCUUCUAUAUGGAGGUGGGUCGACAGACGGCGACGGGAGCGGGUGAGCUGUGGAUGCAUUCAGACGACUCGAACAUCGCUCAAAGCAUGCACUCUACAAUAUAUCACGCCAUGAGAAAUUGUGCGAAGGAAACGGAAAACGAAAAGGAUCACAUCGUAGUGCCCGCUAAGAACUCGUUGCUAAUGGAGGGGUCGCAUCCGCUUCCUGCGAGGCGGCAGACAUACUCCGACGGGCGAGGCCGGGCGGGAAUUUACAAUGACAAGGGCCUCUGUGUUGGCUCGUGUAUAAGACAAUGCGUGUGCGUCUCUGCCACCUACUCCAUAGACGACUCGUCUGCGGCGAUAGCGCCUCUGACGCCAACGAACGCCGAAAACCAACCGCCGAAUAACACACUAACGACUGACAAACUCAUCGAUCAUCCAGUGAGGCUCAAAAAACACAACCGUACCGACUCGUUGCCCACCGGAUGUUCGUUAUUCCAAGAACCGCUCAAGAUCGGUCACACGAGGACAUGGUCCACUCCAUUGACCGGAGACGAAUUAGAUAGAGCGAUUUUAGAGAAAUCGCUGAUUCAUUCGUCGUGUAAAACCGUCAACGGAAAGGACAUAUUCCCAACGAAGAAGGCGUCGGGCUGCAGACGAGCGAGCACUGGUCAAAGGUUUCCGAAACUGUCGCCGGCGCAUACGAAGAAUUCGAGUGCGUUGCGAAAGCGUUGUGAAACGAUGCCCUCUCGUGCGAGUUCGUCCUAUGAACCCGAGCGACUGCCGCCUCGCGAUUCAGAACUUGACGGUUUGGACUCAUCGCGCGACGACAUCGACUCGAUAUCGGAAUGGUACCGGACCCCGAGGAUACCCGAGGAGCCGGAUUGUUGUGACAUUAUGUCGAAGGAUUUCAUGAGCAUGACAACGCGUGGCAGCUCCAUAGCGCACUCGCGGACGUCGUCGAUGGGCGCCGACGAGCCGGAUGUCGCCGAGGCCACCUUCCCCGACGGGUACCUGCCCAUGGCGCCCGGACACGAGCCGCUGGGUCUCGUCUCCUCCAGUGGAUCCGUCUGCAGCGGAACGCCUUCCACCGAUCCUAGGUUUAGCGAAUAUCAACUGGAACCAGCCACGGCGCACAUCUCGGCGGAGCGCUCCACGCGCGCCUACAGCGUGGGGUCGCGGCCGGCGGCGGCGCGGCCCGAGCCCGCCCGCCUGCGCGCCUACAGCGCCGGCGCGCGCCGCCCGCCCGCGCACCACGCGCACGCCGCGCACAACCACGCGCACCACGCGCACCUCGCGCACCACCACCCGCGCGCCUCCGCCGACGACCUCAUGGAGCUCGACUUCUCGACAAACUCGCCGGCGCCCAAGAUGAUCGUGGCCCGAACGCCGCCCGGCGCCGGCUUCAUGGAGCCGCGGCGCUGCAACGUGGACGAGUACGUGGACAUGUCCCCGCGCAACGCGGGCUACGUGGAGAUGCGGCCGGGCGAGCGGGCGGGCGAGCGGGACGCGCCCGCCACGCCCGCCACGCCCGCCACGCCCGACGGCUACGUGGAGAUGUCGUACGGGCGCGCGCCCACGCGGCCCAUCGCCAUCGCCGCGCCGCGCCAGGCGCCGCGCGCGCCCGCCGCGUCGCCCGCCGCCGCGUCGCCCGCCGCCGCGUCGCCCGACGACCGGCGCCGCCGCCGCGAGCCGCGCACGCCGCUCGGCUCGCAGACGCUGUUCCACAUGUCCAUGGAGUCGCCCUCGUCGCCGCCCGAGUCCGACGUGGCCGAGCUGGAGGACGACCACCACUACCUGAGCACGGUGCGCGAGAUCUCGGAGGACGGGCGCCGCAGCCCCGAGGCCCGGCCGGCCGACGCCGACGAGGUGUCGUCGUCGCCGCAGUACGUGCAGCUGGUGGGGCCGGAGCCCGAUGAGCCGCCCGCCAACCCCACCGCCGCCAAAACCAUCGUGCGCCCGGAUGACGUCAGAGCGGGCGUGCACUACGCGGCGCUGGACCUCGAGCCGCGCCGCGCGCCGGCCGCGCCCGCGCCGCGCCUCUACACGCAGAUCGACUUCCUGCGCAGCGAGAAGUACGCCGCCGACGCCACCUAGCGUGUAAUCACCGAAGGCCGCACUCACGUCGAGGCAUCUCGUCGGAGAUUCGACUCGUCUCAUCUCAUCUCGUCUCGUCUCUGUGUUCCCUUUCAAUUCAAUUUGUACAAAUUUUGAACAAAAUCAAAAUACGAUAAUGAAAUAUUGAUAAUAUGUUUUAUAUCAUUGAGAUAAAUCUGUUGAUAUUAUUUAAAUUAAUGCGAAUAUCUAUAUAUAUCGCAAUUUUAUUUUUAAUUUGACUAUAAAUCAUUUGUUUACGUUUUGUACGAAUUGAUAUGAAAUAUUGUGAACAAGAUCAAGCGUGCGUUAUCAUUAAUAUAAGUGGUAUUAUUAAGUUUCUUUCUACAAAAUUUUAUAUAUUUAUAUAUCAAAAUAAGGCUGAUCAUCCGAUUCGAGCACAAGGCAGAAGAAGUAUGUUGCGUUUUUAACGAACACGAACGUGAACGUUGAAAACGCGAAUGUAAUUAGUGUAAUUGUAUAUUAUAUUAUCGCGCUCCUGUGUGCUCUGGACGACCAGCCUCGAUUAUAUUUUUUAAACGAUAAGCUUUCUCUUUACAUUACUUCUAACUAGUAAUCCCUUACAGAGUUAUGAUUGCACUGUUAUGCCAAAUUAUUAUUAGAAUAUUUAAAUUAAAUUACUCGUAUUUAGAACACCUUACUACUUCGAUAACAUUUAUUGUCGUAAAUUUUAUUCAAAUCAAAAUGUUGCAACAACUCAAUAGUUAAAUGUACAUAUACCCUUGGCCGCAGUUAGGUUGAAGCCACGCAUAGUGUAAUUUUUAGAAAUUUUCGUCGCAAUACUCGAGGAAUCGAAAUCAGCAGCCCAUACAUUACUGUAACGUACGCUAUAGCGUUCAAAGGAAUAAAGUUUUUAUUUCAUUACAAUAAGAUCCGUUCUUCUCUAACAGUAUGACGAGAGGGAACACUCAGCUGAGGCGCUUAACUUAAAUAUUAACUGCCAUUAAGUAUAGAAAAGCGUAUGAUCGUACAAUUUGUCCCAUACUUACCUACAAUGGUAAUUUUUUUAUAAUUAUCUUAUUACGUUAACUACCUUAUUUAUCGUUAUACACAUACAGACGUGAUUUGUUUUUUUUUUUUUGCAUUUUGACUACGAACGGUCUACAAAAACCUUGGAACCAUUUGAUUCGAGUCCCUUUUAAACAUAUUCCUACAGAGGUUCAAUGAUAAUUAAAAAAUUAAAUUGAGAAUCGAUUUAUUAUUCUAUAAUCAAUACUGUUGCAGUAGUUUUAUGUAAAUUCUCAAUAUCGUUAUAAUAUUGAUUGGACAACACAUUGGAUGAUAUGAUUUAAAAUAUUAAUUUCGGAUAUUGUCUAUGGAAAUUUUAAAACAUUCCUAGCUACAAAAAAUACCGUAUGAGGUACGUUUAUAGGGCAGAGGUUUCAAGUCUUGAUUGUUUUUUUUUUUUUCUUCAAAAAUCAUAAGUAAAAUGUGUAAUUUUUUUAAUUGAUUCAUGUAUAGUUUCGCAUAUCGCUUGCUUCUGUUUCCGUGAUACGAUUCGCUGUGUUUCUAUUACUGUCUGUAUAAAUAUAAGAUCGAAAUGUUUCUAAGUCCACGCAAGUCUUACAUUAAUAGUUAUUGAACGUAUAUGUAUAUAUUAUAUAUGUGUGUACGCAUUUUUAUAAGUGUGCGUGUCAUUCGUUAUUUUCUCGGUUAAUAUAUAACAAUCUGAUGAUACAUUAAUUCGUACAAAAUACGUUUAACAUAAUUAAUUAUAAAUCAAAUAUGUAAUUCGUUUUAUCCGUUUGAAUAUUUUAAUUAUGAUAAUAUCGUUCAAACUCUAGUACAAUCGCGAAUACAAUUUUAAGGAUAUAUUAAGGAAAUAAUUCAAAUACUUCUAGUACGUUGUUAAUAUCCGAUAUAUAUAAAUAGACACGUGACUCGAUCGUGGAUUACUCUUAUAUAUAAAUUCGACGAUGCUAAAAAUAAUGCCUACCUUUUCUUACACUGUAAGUAAGACAAGGACAGCGCUAUUCUUAGUCGAGUUUUAUAAUAAUGUUAUCCAAUUCGGGUUAGGAAAUAGUAAAUAUUAAUGUUAAAUACGACAACGGACGAUUGGGGACGAGAAAUGUGUACGUAGUGUUUUUUCAUGUAAUGGUAUUGUUAAAGAUGUAUUCUAAACAUUAUAUUUAUAUAAAAAACUAGUUAUUUAUCGAUACUUAUUAAUAUCACUGUUUUCAAUCGACGCAAACCUGCAACGUACUUUCAAUAUUUUUUUUAAACAUAUAAAACCUCUUUUAUUUCUCAUAAAAUAAAUAUUGUAACAUUCAUUUAUUCCUUAGAGUUAUGUUAAAUUAAGUGAUACCUAACAUGCCGGCUGAUGAUUAAAUUCGAACAAACAAAACAAUCCAGUGUAGUGCACAUUUCUCAGCCUCGCCGUUGUCCUUAGUCGAUAAAGCAACGGUUGUGAGAGAGGCCUAAUGUAGUUGAUUCAGUUCAUGCGUUCCAGAUAAUACUACCUGUUGUGUUCCUAGGGUACUGUUUAAACCACUGUGCAAUUUAUACCACGACGUUUUUCAAAUCGAGUUAUGUCUACAUUGUUAUCGUUUGUUAUUGGUUGAAACUUGGCUAUAUUCAAUUCAUUAAUACAAUUUUGAAUUAGAAAAAAAAAAGCAAAUUUUUUUUUUGUGGAUACUCAUAAAAACAAAUUAAUUUGAUUAACGUGCUCAUAUUUAAACGUAAACGAAUUAUAUGUGUAUGUAUACAUAUAUAAUAAAAAAAAAAUGGAUUGUGUAAUAUGGAGUACUGUGUGUGUGCAAAAUUAUAAAUCAAUCGGUUUGAUGGAAUUUUCGUAAAGUACAGUUACAAAAUGUAUUAUAUACAAACAGGUAUAAAUAAAAGCUUGUAAAAAUUUGCCUUGAAAUUUUGCAACGUUUGAUAAAUGUACUCUUUUUUUAACAUAAUUACGUCAUUAUUAAGGGUUAUUUUUGUAGCUAUUGAUUUGAAUGGACAUAUCUUCUGUUUCAUAUUUAUUCUGAAUUUGAGGAAGAGAGAGAGAGAGAGAAAGAGAAAAAGGACAAGUCGAUUCUGAAUAGAUUUGGCAAUUCUUCAAACGUCGUUACCAAUAUUUGAUUUUAAUAAUAAAUAUAUUUUAACAAAUUAUUCUCGUAUAUUCUAUGACUUUCAGGGUACCAAAUGACAUUAGCCAAGUUUUAUACCAAAUUAAACACCUGAGCUUGCCCUUUAUUGUUCAUAAUUUGUUUACAAUAAGUUUACUUCUUGCCUCCUUUGUUUCCAAAACUUAUUCCGAUCGAUACGAAAGUACCGGAUUUGUCGUUAUAGAAAAAUGAAAACGUAAAUAUGUGUUUACAUGUGUUAUAUAAAAACUACUAAAAUGUACGGUUUUUGUGUACAAAUCGUUUAAUGAUUAAACGUUAGUACACCUAAGUACUCGAAAAUAAAAGUUAGUAGACACAGAUUUUAUUCUGUCGUGUGCCUUAAAGUAGUCACAAAUUUUUCCAUGAACACUGCAUUUUGGUCUUGGCGACCAUUCACGGAUUUAGUUUAGGGGAUAUAAUUAGAAUUAAUACAAUCGAAUUGAAGUAAAAAAAAAUUUCAAGCGAUGCAGAAGGUUUUUUUUUAUUUGUGCCGCGUAUGACGCGCCGUUUGUUAGUAGGUUGCGUUUUUGUUCCUAAUUGCGAUUUGUAAAUCUUAUUACCAUGGAUUUUUUUUUUAAUUAUGUGUUAGGUUAGGGCUUUCGUUCCAAGAUUUUGCGAUAUUUUUUUUUAAUGUUAAUCUUAAUGUUUUUUUUAAUGUUUAUGUUGAUCGGAUACAUUUGUAUCAUUUGUUUUAAAACACUUGUCUAUAUGUUGACGGAUUAUAUAAAAAUAUGUAUGUCGAUGUAUAAUCAAUAAAAUCGAUUUAUUUUACUUUUCACCUGAUAGUAAACCCACCCAUGUAAUCGAUGACUGUUUAAUAACAAUUUUUACGCGUUAAAAUUAUUGUUGGUCCUUCGUGACCGGAUCGCGCUUUUUUUUAAAUUUGUUGGUUUUGAAAUUUGUGAUCUAAUCAAAUUAGACAUGUAUAGGGUGAAACCCGCCGUUCGAAUGAAAUUUGAACAAUAAAAAUCUUCUGCUCGUCACACACCAUAAAGUACAGGCUCAGGCGCGUGAAUUAUGUGUUCAAACAAAAAAUGGUUUUAUUUAAUACUGUUUACACGGCAAAAUAACUUUUAUUAUAGUAGUAUUUUUGCAACAAUGUUGAGAUAUUUAAACACAAUGGUGGAUAUUAUUAGUGAUUUUAUUUUUCCACAUUGAAAUAGUCGUACGUGUUGAUAAGGUUUAUUUUCGCACGCACCAGGGUUUUAAAUAUAUAUAUAUGUAUAUAAAUAAUUAGAGUGGAAGUGUUCCAUGGUCGUAAAAAAAAAAACUUUAGAAAUGUGAAAAUAUUUUAGUGUAAUUCUGAAAGAUGUAUUUUUAUUGGGACAUUUCUGCUCUACAUGAUGAAAUCCAUUAAUAGGUAGUUUUAAUAGAAUUAUAUAUUGUUUGUUGCAAGUUAACGCAUGCAACGGCUCUCAUAAUAAACAUAAACAGGUUUUUUAUAUAAGUACAUGUAUGAAAAUUUACAAUAACAAAAUUAACAAUAUCCCGAAAAUUACAAUAGAUAAGACUAUACAAAAUAUUUUUUUAAUUAUUAUCGGCUGUUGUGUGCGUUGUAAUAGCAAAAAUAUUCGAUUAAGAUAUUAUAAUAACGUUUAAAAAUAUUUUAAAAAAAAAAACAUGUGUUAUAUUUAUACCUUUAGUGUAACUUUGUCGCGUGUAUAACGGCGCAAGCGCAGCGUGGUUGCCGUCGCAAAGUUUUUCAAAUCCCGCCGGUAAAACGUUAUUUUAAAUAAAGUGCAAUUAAUAUAAAUAGAUGCCUCUGAUAGUACCAAUUAUACAAACCGCUAUAAGAAAUGCAAAAUGGAUGUUACAUUCCGACAGAAGCGAUUCGACUAGUCUAGUGUGUUCAAAUACUUGAUAAAUUGGUAAAUAGCUUAGUUACAAUAUAGAUUAUACGCUUUUGCCGCGCUCGAAACAAAAUUAAAUCAUUUAAGAGAACUAUGUAAAGUAAUGGGACCUGUAUAAUAAUGCCUGACUGAGUUAACACCAAAUUUUUAUAUAAAAAGUUAUUUAUUACGACCCCACGGAACGCGUGGGAUGCCUAUUUUCUUGUAAUUGUAAAUUAUUAACAAUUUGACCGGAACUUAUCACACUGAUCGGACGUGGUGAGCGGUAACAACCUAUUUAGAGCUAAACGCAGUCACUGACGUCACGAACGCGUGACGUCAGCAUCUAUCAUGUUGUAUGUUAGACAUUUGGGUUCUGCUAUACUCCAAUGUAGUAAGAGAAGCGGUGUGAUACGAUCCAUAGACUUUCCUUGUGUUUAGAUAACAAUUAAUAAAUCGUAAGCUUUAAAAGAAUCGUCAGAAAACUAUUACCGCUUGUCUUGUAUAAUAUUCAUUAGAAAACAUUUUUGGAUAUUAGUUUCGCCAAAAAAAAAUUUUUUUUUUUUUAAUAUUAAAUUCAAUUAGCGUACUCAAUGAUGAAAUCAUUUUAAUACUGGCCACGUGUGAAGGUAUUUGUUUUAACUUAGUACAAUUUGGCAGAGCCAUUGUUUAAUUUUUAUUUAUGUAUAAAUGUCUUUAGAAGAAUUUGCUCCGAGAAUGAGCCACGCGCGUCGUUUAGUUGUGACCGGGGAGAGUCGUGACUUGACACAUCAUUUUAAUACAAAAGUGAAAGGAAAAUCAACCUGUUAAAUAGUUUAUGUAUAUACAUAAUGUAGAGGUGAGGAUUUGCUCAUAUAUACGGAGCUGUCUUUUUUUUUCAUAGUAUAGGUAGGCGGAUGAGCAUUUGGGCCACCUGAUGGUAAGUGGUCACCAACGCCCAUAGACAUUGGCAUUGUAAGAAAUGUUAAACUUCGCUUACUUCGGCAAUGCGCCACCUUGGGAACUAAGAUGUUAUAUCCCUUGUGCCUGUAAUUACACUGGCUCACUCAAACCGAAACAACCAAAAAUACCGAGUACUGCUGCUUUGCGGUAGAAUAUCUGAUGAAUGGGUGGUACCUACCCAGACGAGCUUGCAUAAAGCUCAGUAAAAGUGUCUAGAAAUAUGUAGCAAAACAUCUAUUCAAAAUAUAUGACAAAAUAAAACAAGUUCGAUUAGUAACGGAUUGCAAUAACAAUAUCAUCUUUUACGCGACUGGUAAGGAAUACGGACUUUGACUUUUGCUACAUCCUUUUCGGCAUACUUCAUUGAUUAUCGUCAAUUUCAGACUUAUAGCUCACUAGCUCCAAUCUUAGUGGUCGUAAAAUUAUUACGAGAGCAGCUCCUCACCUCUACAUAUAAGUAUGAAGUAAAUACAACUUGAUUAAUGCCAAGAUAUAUUAAAAAUUAUGCUCUAAGCAGAAUUUUCGACAUACAUUAUCUAAAAGCAAAACAUAAUGUCUUUUUUUCAGUGUUAAGUUCAAAUAUUUGAAAUUAAUAGUUUUCUAGUCGUAAAACAAAAUGAUUUUGUUUCUGAUAAUAUAUAUUUUUAAGAUUUCUCGUGUUUUUUUUUGUCAAGUCACCAUUCUCCAGCUUUAUUAGAUAAGCCAGUACGCAGAUAGCUAGUGCCACCUCGCAAUUAUGUAGAACGUGUUAGUUAUACAUAGUAUAUACUUUUACUUUUAUUCCACUUAGAGAUAAGAAUUGAGUUGUAUACUAGGAGUAAGUUUGGACGGGUACGGAAUAUAAGGAUAAUUUAAUCUUUAUUAUGUAGAUCGUUGAAGAAGCUCCUUUUAAAAUAUGCCACACACAAUAUUUUAUAAAAAAAUAAAAUAUAUACCAAAUUAUAUUGAAAAAAAAAAAAAUUAUUUACUAGCACAAAGUUUAUAGAGCCAUAUCGGCAAGGUCACAAAACGAAAAAUGAUUGUUUAUUAUUAUUUUUUUGCAUAUUCUAAAAGGAGAUUUUGGCGUCAUUUACAUUGCUGAGAAAUUGUAUUUUAAUUACAUCGAAAGCUAGUGUGAAUGCGGCCUUAUUUAAUCUUAUACAUAAUGUGUUAUUGUAAAACUCCUUACAACAGAGGUCAUGACAAAGUGGAGUUUUCGAUAUCUAUACUAGUCCCAUUGCAAGUUAAAUAGAUUUUGCAUAAAAAUGUUCCUGUAACGGCGUAAAUAGUUGUUUUAUAAUGUUUAAUAGUAAGUGUACUGAAUGUCUAGAACGUUUCGUGUCGUGCUGGGUGUGUACGGUACCUAAGAACGAAUUCGAUGCUAUGCUGCGAAGGCUUAUUGGAAUAAAACUGCGCAGCCGAUCGUGAAACUUCACGUAACGACACAAGAGCUAAACUACUCUGCACGGAUACGGCUAUCGGUGGCAAAUCUAUGAGGUGGCGCUGAGUGAGUUAUGUUUGGAAAAAAAAAGAUUAUAUUUUUUUACAAAUGGUGCUAAUGUUUUGUGUUUUAGUCAAUAAUAGCUUGACCGCUCGUACUGCCACGGUAGGGGAAGUGAGGGAGAAGGGCCCGUUGAGAACGGCCCGCCCAUAUCACAAUGAACCUAGACUUAGCGACAUCACUCCACAAACGUAUUAAGUUAGGUGUACGUUAGCUUUUGUAACUCGCAGUUCGUCGCGAGCGCGCCGAUGUCGGCGACCGAUGUUAUGUUUAUUGAAUUUCUAAAUCUAAUUUUUUGGUACGUUACAUUUUGUUUACUUUCAUAUUACGAUUAUAUUGUAAAUAAAAAUAAAAGCUUUGGAUUUGA